AUGACCUAUAAGCUAUCAUCCUAUGAUAUCAAAAGCUCAGCUUUAAUUAUUGCAUUGAUCCUUGUUCCUAUCGUUGUUCUCAUCUUCGUUGUUGUGAUCGCUCUUGCGUGUUCUAAUUACUGGAGCAUUCAUUCCCUCAAAGAAUCGUGCCUGUCGUGCCACUCUUGCUUCAAUCUUUGGAAGCAGCAGAGACGCAACAAGAUCCCAUCAGACUCAGAGGCCUGCCCCGUCACCUCCCACUCGACUUUGGCUCGUGCGACAGAGGCUUCAGAUAUUCAGAUUGAGUUUGAGCGCCCUGUCACCAACAGUGAGCAUGUUUAG